GCGAGAGAGGGAGCCCGCGGCCCUUCCUCGGUCCCGCGACGGCUGGCUGGGCGAUGACCAGGCUGGCAGUGCUGGCGGCGGGGGCGGGAGCCCGGCGGAGUGGCUGCAGGUGAGAGUCCAGGCCUCCUUCACCUGCCUUGGUGGGUGCUGGCGUGUCCCGAGGCGCUAAGGACCCAACCCUGCUCCUUGUCAUCACUGUCCUUGGAGUCACAGUGCUCCUGCUGGCCCUGAGGAACAUGAACUCCAGGAAGAGAUGUAUCACCCUACAGGACUCUGAAACCAAGUACCCACUGCCUUUGAUUGAGAAAGAGCAAAUCAGCCACAACACCCGGAGGUUCCGCUUUGGACUGCCCUCACCGGACCAUGUCUUGGGGCUUCCUGUAGGUAACUAUAUCCAUCUCUUGGCCAGAAUUGAUGGUGUUCUGGUGGUCAGGGCUUACACGCCUGUGUCCAGUGAUGAUGACCAAGGCUUUGUGGACUUGAUUAUAAAGGUCUACUUCAAAAAUGUACACCCCAAUUAUCCAGAAGGGGGGAAGAUGACUCAGUACUUGGAGAACAUGAAAAUUGGGGACACCGUCCUUUUUCGAGGGCCUACCGGUCGCCUGUUCUAUCACGAGCCAGGGAAGUUUUCAAUCAAACCAUACAAAACAAGUGACCCUGAAGCAAAGGUGGUCAGUCACCUGGGAAUGAUUGCUGGGGGCACAGGGAUUACGCCCAUGCUGCAGCUCAUUCGCCACAUCACCAAGAACCCCGACGACAGGACCAGGAUGUCCCUCAUCUUUGCCAACCAGACAGAGGAGGAUAUCUUGGUGAGAAAAGAGCUUGAAGAAAUUGCCAGAACUCACCCGGAACAGUUCAGCCUGUGGUACACCCUGGACAGGCCUCCUGUUGGCUGGAAGUACAGCUCAGGCUACAUCACCGCCAACAUGAUCAAGGAGCACCUCCCUCCUCCCGGGCAGUCCAUGUUCAUCCUGGUGUGUGGACCCCUGCCCCUGAUCCAGACAGCCGCUCACCCUAAUCUGGAGAAACUGGGUUAUACCAAGGACAUGAUUUUCACUUACUAAUACCUCCCUUGCUCUUAGCAAAUCUGCCUGGUCCCUUUCCUCUGUUUCAGAGUGAGCUCUGCCUCAGCACAUUAAAGUGGCAUGUGUUCACAAAUGCCUAUAAUGCA